AUGAACACUGAAAUCAAUACUGUUUUAUGCAGCGGAUUCAUUUCUUUGUAAUCUUUUUUGUUUGGCAAAACCCAAUCUUGCUGCAGAUUUAUGGUAAUUUAUGAAAAUGAAGUUGGAAAAUAGAGAAAGAAAACCAUAGAAUAGAGUACGCCCACACACCGGCUGUUCCGGCGUUCCAACAGAGGAACUAAAUGAAACGGUGCGGCUUAUCGUCAGAAUAAAUUGAAAAAAGAAGGAGAAAAGAAAAGAGUUUUGUCCCCACUCCUGUCCUGAGCGAAAACUUAUCCAAAACAUAAGCAAUUUUAGCAAAGGGAACAGAGUCUGUGAAAGAAGCUCAGCAGCCAUGGAAGCUUCAGGACUUUCUUCUCUCAACGCUCUCACGCCUGUUUCAUAUUCAAAGUUUCAAAGGGGACAGAGCUCCAAGUUCUAUGGAAAAUUUAUCUCUUCAAUGCCAGCUUCUCUCUAUUUCACUCGAACUCUUACAUCACAUCGCUUUCAGCAGCCUGUGAGGGUUUUACAAAUGCAAGCUGGAGAUGAUGAAGAUUAUGAUUUGAAGCAAAUGAGAGAUAUGGCUGCUGCCAAGAGGAGAUGGGACCUUUUGAUUAGAGAAGGAAAAGUAAAGGUUCUUACACCAAGGGAAGCAGGUUAUGCGAUUCAACUAUCUAACAAAACCCUACUUGAUGUCCGUCCUUCUGUUGAGCGGAAAAAGGCCUGGGUUAAAGGCUCAUCUUGGAUUCCAAUCUUUGAAGUUGAUAAUAGAUCUGAUAUUGGAACUCUUUCAAGCAAGAUUACAACUUUUAUGAUGGGAGGCUGGUGGAGUGGCGCACCUACAUUAGCUUAUGAUAAUCAAUUUUUAUUGAAGGUUGAGGAGAAGUUCCCAAAAGAUACAGACUUGAUUGUUGCAUGCCAGAGGGGAUUGAGAUCUCUAGCUGCUUGUGAGCUGCUGUACAAUGCUGGUUAUAGAAAUCUUUUCUGGGUUCAAGGUGGUCUUGAGGCAGCGGAAGAAGAGGAUCUUGUCACAGAAGGUCCUCAGCCUCUUAAGUUUGCUGGAAUUGGAGGGGUUUCUGAAUUCCUUGGUUGGACAGAUCAACAAAGAGUUGCAGCUGCUAAAGAAGGUUGGGGUUACCGAUUAUUAUUCUCAGCGCGUCUGGUUGGAGUCAUCCUUGUUGCUGAUGCCUUGUUUCUUGGCGCUCAACAAGUAAGCCGCUAUUUUCAGGAUAUAAGAUCACAUUGACGGGAGCUUAAAUGCGUUUGAUUAAUGAACAUGGGAGGAAGUCUUAGAGAAACGGUUUAUAGAGUGGGAGAUCCAGAGAGAAUCCCAGUUUUGGAGCCAAGAGUAGUUAUUAGUCGUAUUACUCAUGUUUCUUCCUGUUAAAAUACAUUAGAUCUAGGCAUGGAUUCCUGCACGUAUUUUCAUUACACAAUAGGGAUCUGUUUGAAAGCGUCUGUAAUGUCUAUAUCUUGAGUAUAAUAGCUGGCCAGAAGCCUCUACUAUCUCUGUAGGUUUCAGCUAAAUACCUUGACCUUUGAAGUCUAUGAUGCUGCCCAUACAUAUGUGUUAAAUGAUUCUGUAUCUUCCUAUAGUUGCCCGUGGGUAUAAAUCUAUAUUCAAAAUUUGAUAGCA